AUGGCUACUCCUAGAGUGUAUCGCGAAGGCCCCGAACAACGCAAGGCCGUCAUCGCCGUGUGCAUGGGCUCCGACACGGACCUGGCGACGCUGAAGCCCGGCAUCGAGAUCCUCGACACCAUGGACAUCCCCUACGAAGUGCACAUCACGUCCGCGCACCGCACGCCGCAGUACAUGCUCGACUUCGCCAAGGGCGCCGCGGGUCGCGGGCUCAAGGUCAUCAUCGCCGCCGCGGGCGGCUCGGCGCACUUGCCCGGCAUGCUGGCCUCGGAGACCGUCCUGCCUGUGAUCGGCGUCCCCGUCAAGGCCAUGGCGCUCGACGGCCUGGACAGUCUGUGCAGCAUUGUCUCCAUGCCCCGCGGGAUCCCCGUCGCGACCGUGGGGAUUGCGAACAGUGUCAACGCCGCGAUCCUGGCGGCGAGGAUUGUCGGCACGAGCGACCCAAAGGCCCAGAAGUGGGUCGCGGAUCAUCUGAAGAAAAUGGACGAUGAGAAUAUGGCCAAGGAGCGGAGGUUGCAGGACGAGGGGUGGUCGUCGUAUAAGAAACUGGACUCAUAG